GGUCCGUACAGACACGCGCCAUGAGCGACCCCUGUGUGGACACGUCGAUCCUCGAGCGCUGCAGCACCCCUUACCACUGCAUCGUGGGCUAACGGACUAUACGGCCAUGGAUUUCUCGUCACUGGUGGAUCUGUCGCAGCCGACACUGUGGGCAUCCGUGUUCUCCGUAGCAUUCAAUCCGACGGUAUGGAACAUCGUCGCGCGGAAUGAGUAUAGGAACAAGACCAUCACGCGGAUUUUUGGCGGGAACGCGAGGUAUGGGUGCUACUUCCUCGCGCUGUGCAUUUUCUCUGCGGGCAUGCUUCGCGACUCUCUCUUCCACCGCGCGCUCGAGCAUCAGCCCAAGCACGUCAUUCUUCCUGAGCCCUUCGACACGAUCGUCCCCCUUGCACUCUUCGUGCUCGGCCAGACGUUCGUUGUCACCUCGACGUGGGCCCUCGGAGUAACGGGCACGUUCCUCGGGGACUAUUUUGGCAUCCUCAUGGAUCACCGCGUCGAGGGCUUCCCGUUCAAUGUCCUCCGUGACCCAAUGUACGUCGGGAGCACGAUGUCUUUUACCGCAGUGUCCCUCUGGUACGAGAGCCCAGCGGGUCUUUUGCUGACGGCGUACGUCUACGUUGUCUACGUGAUCGCCUUGCGGUUCGAAGGACCCUUCACAGACAUGAUCUAUUCCAACCGCGCCGCGCAGCAGAGCAAAGCAGAGUCCAAGAAGGAGCUCUGAAGCUCCUCCCAUUUGCCGCACAAGUUGCCGCACAAUACGUCCACAACGACCGCGACGCCCAGCUACGUCCUAGACACGCAAACACGACGAAAGCGGAGGUUUCAACAAUCUCUAGCGACUACUAGACA